CAACACACCCGGUUACAGCUGUUAUUCCAGAACCGGCCGAGCGGAUUUUUCAUUAGAUUUGGCCCAAGGUGCCGUCUGAAUGGGAGCACACACGUUCAGAGUCCUUUUACCCUCCCCCUCGUACUUUGUUUGGCCUCCCUGCUUCCCCCAUCCCUUCUCCCUCCUCCCUCUCCUCCCUCUCCUCCCUCUGUCCGUACUUCCCUUCUUCGUAUUCUUCUUGUUCUUGUUCUUCUUCUUUCGUCCUCUGGCUCCCUUCCCCUUGUCUGAGUGUUUCGGACAUGUCAGUGAACACACUUGUUUUUAUGUCUGAGAUUGACCAUACCCAAGUCAACAAAUCAUGAGGAGAAUACAUUGACGGGGCUCUUUUAUGGCUAAAAUAUUCACAGCCAGGGUUCAAAAGCUCAAAGUGCUCACCGUGUGUUUGAGAUAUUACUCGGUGGAAACCGACGAAGAAGGUCCAAAGAGGCUCUUGAGCUUCUCGAGUUAGGUUGUGUCUGAAAAAUGUUCUGAUUGGUGAGAAGGUUUAAAGUGUUCUACUUCCCUUACCAAAGUAUCAAGAUGCGUAAUCUAGGACAAUGCUUUUGCGUGGUGUUCAAGAAUAUCACCGUGGAACCGGUGUUGUUCCUGUACAUGUUGGGUGUUUACCUUCUGUACAGCGUGUUCCAAAACCUGGUGUAUGAGAAGGUCUGUUUGGAGCACAACAAUUCAACUGUGUGUGCCGAUUUGUAUCAUCCAGACCAUGAAGACCAACUGACUUUGGUUCAACAGGAGGCUUCGUAUUGGAUCAAAGUGUCCACCUUUGCUAUGGUCCUUCCCUCCAUUGUAGUGGAUUGCUACAUGGGAUCUUGGAGCGAUGUGUUCGGUAGGAAACCCACACUGUUGCUCCCUCCAUUUGGAGCGUUCCUGGGAGCGUUGGUCUAUUGCUACAUGGAGGCAUAUUCAUCCCACGUGGGCUGGAUUUGUUUGGCCAGCUUCUUUUUCGGUAUGUUUGGAAGCUUCACGGGAAUUCUCACGGCAGUUUUGGCUUACAUGAGCGUGGUGAGCCCAUUGAAACAAAGAACCACCCGGAUUUCGAUCCUCCUUAGCAUGAAUUUCCUGGCUGGAACAACAGGACCAUUUGCAUCCGGUUAUCUUGCAACGAAUUUUUCGCCAUUGUUCGUGUUCGUUUGCAUUGCUGCUUGUCAUUUGCUCUGUAUGUCAUAUACACUGAUAUUUGUGGAUAACAUUUAUCCCAAUGGAAUGACCAAACCUCUAGAGUGGAAUUGGACCCAAAUCUUCUCAUUGGGUCAUUUGAAGAGCUCGUUUAGAAUAUGCUUCGUGGAAAGGUCAGGCAACGAAAAACGGAACAUUCUAGUCCUGUUGGUCAUGUUGAUCAUUCUUCAAUUGAUAACAGCGGGUGAGAUGGAUAUCGUGUUCUUGUUUUUAAAAGACAAGCCUAUCAAGAUGGAGUUCCAAAUGUUCAGCUAUUGGUUUGGAUCGAGAUACGGAAUGAGCUCUCUGAUGCUCUUGGUUUUGAUGCCAAUCUUAAAGCAAACUUUAAAGGUCCAGGAUAAAUGGGUGUGUCUAAUGGGCCUGUUGUCCAAAAUGUCUGCUUUGACGCUACUAAGCUUCAGUUUUUCUGUCACCAUGGCAUUUUGGGAUGUUCCAUUGGGUUGUUUUGGAAGCUUCGCCAUAACUUCAAUGAGAUCCAUGUUGUCACAAAAUGUGGAGGAACACGAGCAAGGUGAGCUAUAAAGUACAUGUGGCGAAUUGCUGACUUCAGAAACGAUCGUACAACAAGAACAAUA